UGGUAAUUGACUCGACGACGACUUCAUCCAAAUUGGACAAGCAUUAUUCCCCGCAUUCACCAUGGACCUUCCAAUAAUCAAAUACAGCAAGUCAGAGUACAUUGAAACGGACACGGGCAACAAAGUUUCACGCAAGUCUGUUAUCUGCGGCAGUCAAAACAUCAUCCUUGGUGGUAAGACGAUAUUACAGACAGGAAGUGUGAUUCGUGGUGAUCUGAGGCGGACAGGUCCUGGUCAGGCUGUUGUCGUCUCUGUUGGUCGGUAUUGCUUCUUAUCACAGGGAUGUGUCAUUCGCCCACCUUGCAAGACGUACAAGGGAGCAUUUAGUUACUAUCCUAUGAAAAUCGGUGAUCAUGUCACCAUUGGUGAAGGUUCAAUCGUUCAAGCAGCUUCCAUCGGUUCAUUUGUCAGCAUCGGAAAGAACUGUGUCAUUGGUAAAUUUGCAAUCAUCAAAGAAUGUUCUAGGAUCGAGGACAAUACAGUGAUCCCUGCGAACGCUGUCGUCCCCUCAUUCACCAUUUACAGCGGAUCGCCUGGAAGAUUGGUAGAUGAAUUGCCCGAAAGCAUUCAAGAGAUCUUUGAAGCACGGACAAAGGAUCGAUAUGCAAAAUUCGUCCCAAGUACAGACGUAUGAAAUGUCUGAAGUAGGAAAAAAUAAGAAAAAUUAUAAAAAUUAUAAAAAGGUAGAAUAAAAAUUAAUUAAUAAACAUUACCUCGCGUCUUGUUCG